CAUCCACCUUCAUACAUCUACACAUACAUUGACAGCCACAUUCACUCAGUCUCGCUGCUCUCCCAACAGAAGCUGUUGUUCAAUAUUUAUUAAUACAGACUGCAGUUACUGCUGAGAACAGCAAAUUCAACAACCUGAUUGGCCGGAUCACUACCUUAAAAUAAACCUCUAUACACACAUACACAAUAUACACACACACACACACAUACAUACAUGCAUAUAUAUAUAUGUCUGUGUGUGUUUGUAUGUAAAUGAAUAUAUCAAGAUGAAUUAAACUAACGUGAGGAUUUGUUGUAUUUGUUGGCAAACACUACUCGAAACCCGAAGCAGUGCAGCUAAUGAAAAACUAAUAAAGAACAAGAGAUGACAGCUCGUUAUGGGUUCACCAAUUAUUCAUAUCAAUCUGUUGUCAAAUGUUGGUAACUAACUAUAAGAAUGUUGCAACGAGAUCAAGCUGUGUCAUUUAUAAUUACACAAAAGAAAUCAGGGGAAAUGCUGAAGGUUGGAAUUCAAGUACGAACUUGUUCUCAAGUUACAUUCUUAAAAAUAUGAAGACAAGUUGAUUAAAUCCAGUUAUGCGGACAUGAAUAAGCCAGCUACUUGGAGUGGAGAGAGUCUGAAGAUAAAAUAUACAACAGGAAGAAUGGACAAAAUCAACUCAAACAAAACAAACUGAUAAAUAUUAUGUCUUGUAAGAUAAAGGGUUUUGCCAGGUCAUCAUCCAUUUAAAACAAACACUAUAAAAUACUUGAUGUCUACAAAAACCUUUUUAUAUUUUUUUAUUGCUAUUUGAAAUAUAUCAAGUGAGCAGGUAUAUAUAUAUAUAAUAUUUUGUCUGAAAACCAAAGCAGUCUGACACUCAAAUCACAAGAAUACUUUCAUUUCCAGUUUCAAUAAGACAAACAUAUCCUCUGCAACAUUUGCCAAGCACUCUCUCUCGUUUGCCCAACACAAAGCAACACACACACACAUAUAUGUAUGAUUCAUAACAGAAAUAGAAUAAAACAGAUUUAAUUUCAAUUAUGGCAGAAAUGAAUGAUGUAUCUCCAGAGUCAGGGUCAAAUAUGGACCAUAAAGAUAAUGGAUUAAUUCAAGAUGAGGAUGAUGAUGAUGACAGCAGUGAUGUCAAGGGAAAAGACUUGGGUGUUGAAGGUGGUGGAAGAACAGAGGAUGGAGAUGAAAUUCAACAGGAGGAUGAAGGUAAUUUAACUAACAGUGACAAUAACAACAAUAACAAUGGUAAUAACAGCAUAAAUAAUAAUAACCACAACAGCAAUAUCAACAAUGGCAAUGACAUUAAAACCCUUUUGGAAGAUACACCUGAUGAUAAAGUGAGAACAGAGGAAGAGGAUGAUGAUUUGUCCUACCUUUAUGACACAAUCGGCAAUAACAACAAAAAUGACAAGAGUGGGAAAAAAAGCCCACUAUUCCAAGAUGAUGAGUGGGAAAAUCGUGUGAAGCAGCUGAGGAAAGAAAUCAGUGAAACAGAAGAACAACACACGAUUUGGAAGAAUAAUUUUUCUGCAAGAAGGAAUGUUGCCAUAGAAAAAUGGAAAGAGAUUAAGAAAAAGAAACAACUGCAGAUUCAAAAGAUGCGUAAAUUGAAGAAUCUUUCCAAUGGAAAUGAAGAGGAAGAGAGAGAAACUAUGGAAGAAACGGUAACCGAUCAAACUAAAGUUGAAUGAGUUCAAACUUUGAAUUGUAAAUCAAAUAUCAGGAUUCGAUCCACACAUUGAGGAUUUGGUCCUUAGCACAGGCCUUAGAAGUCUUUUAGGUUGCUAUUCUGUUUGAAUAAAUUCUUUAUUAAUAUUUAGAUCUGUACUAAAUUGGCACACCACUGAAAAUAUUCCAAGGUGUUGAUGCAAGAAAUAAAAAAAUAUAUAUAUUCAUCAUCAUACAGGUACAGGUGUGGUUGUGUGGCAAGAAGUUUAUUUCCCAACCCCAUAGUUCCAGGUUCAAUUGCACUGUGUGGCACCUUGGGCA